AUGUAUAGCCAACAACACGACGAUGUUUCGCCUACACGCCAUCAACAAGCUGGUGCACCCAUGAGAACCGGAUAUCAUAGCCCUGGACGUGGUGAAUAUUCUCCUCCACUUUCAGACGGAUAUUACACCGCACCUCCAUUUCAACAAAGUCAUAUGCAUUUAUACCAUCCGCCUCCGCGUCAUUACGUUCCAUAUCCCAAUAUACCGCCUCAAAUCCCGCUUCCUAAUGAAUACUCAGAACAGAGUCAUAAACAGACUUCAAAACCCGAUAUCAUCGGUGUCUCAAAUUCUUCAAAUAUUCAUGAAAAUAAUAAAAAUAAAUCAUCAAAUUCUGUAAAAAAUUCUACACCACCAGCAUUGAAUAGUAAGGCAAAAUUUAAAAAGGAACGUUUCGGAUUUUUUGACACACAAACUAUUGAAGAUGACAAGAGGUAUGCUUGA